GAGUACUGCUGCAGCUCGAAGAGAGGGACAGCACACGAACUACAUCGCCUUCAUCUUUUUUCACUAAGUAUUUUUCCAAUUAAAUUCUUUCCCCCGUUGACAAUUAAACCUCCUUGUUUCACGUUUUCUUCUUCUCUGUUCCUCGCUUUGUCAGGUGCCUUCCAAAAAGCAAAAAAAAAGUACUACUCAUCACCAUGGCCGCCGCACUAGACAAGCUUCAGAGCUUCCCGCAGGGUCUGACCUACGACGAUGUGCUGUUGAUCCCGCAGCGCAGCCCCAUCCGCUCCCGCAAGUCCGUCAGCACCAAGACGCGUCUCAGCCGCCACAUCUCCUUGAGCAUCCCGAUUGUGGCGAGCAACAUGGAUACCGUCUGCGAGGAUAAGACGGCGGUGGCGAUGGCGCGCGAGGGUGGUAUUGGCAUCCUGCACCGCUUCUGCAACGUGGAGGAGCAGUGUGCGAUGGUCCGCAAGGUGAAGCGGGCGCAGUCCUUCCUGAUUGAGGACCCGCGCAUGAUUCUGCCCACCGCCACCAAGGCGGAGGCGGUGGAGGAGCUGAACUGGGACGGUCGUAAGGGCGGCGUCAGCUGCCUGCUCGUUGUCGACGACCUCUCCUCCCGCCGUCUGCGUGGUGUGCUGAGCAAGAGCGACGUCGUCUUCGCAAAGGCCAACGACUCGGUGGAGAGCCUCAUGACACCGGUGAGCCGCAUGGUCGUGAGCACCAACACCGCCAUCACUCUGCAGGAGGCACAGGAGAUUCUGCGAACGAAGCGGACGAACAACCUCCCCAUCCUCGGCCCGAAGGGCGAACUACUUUAUUUGAUCACCUCGUCCGACAUCGUGAAGCUGACGAAGAACCGCAGCGCCUCCCUCGACGCACGCGGCCGUCUGCUCGUCGGUGCCGCCAUCGGGGUGAAGAAGGAGGACCACGCCCGUGCCGCCGCCCUCGUGGAGGCCGGGGCGGAUGUGCUGGUGGUCGACAUCGCCCAUGGUCACAGCGACCUCUGCGUGGACAUGGUGCGGGCCCUCAAGGCGAACCCCCGCACCGCCAAGAUCGACGUCAUCGCCGGCAACAUCGCGACGGGUGAAGGGGCAAAGGACCUCAUUGAGGCAGGUGCGGAUGGCCUGAAGAUCGGCGUGGGACCCGGCAGCAUCUGCAUCACCCGCCUCGUGGCCGGCUCGGGCGUGCCGCAGCUGACGGCGGUGAUGGACUGCGUGCGCGUUGCAAAGCAACACGGCGUCCCGUGUAUCGCCGACGGUGGCGUGAAGACGGCCGGUGACAUCUGCAAGGCCAUCGCAGCGGGGGCGGACACCGUGAUGCUCGGCAACAUGCUGGCCGGCACCGAUGAGGCUCCCGGCCGUGUGCUGGUGAAGGAGGGCAAGAAGGUGAAGAUCAUCCGUGGGAUGGCCGGCUUUGGGGCCAACAUCAGCAAGGCGGAGCGCGAGAAGCGGCUGGACGAGGACGUCUUUAACGACCUUGUGCCGGAGGGGGUGGAGGGCAGCGUGCCGUGCAAGGGUCCCAUCGCACCGAUUCUGAAGCAACUCGUGGGUGGGCUACGCUCUGGUAUUUCCUACUGCGGGGCGCACAACAUCCCGGAGAUGCAGCAGCGGGCACGCUUCGUGCGCAUGUCCGGCGCGGGUCUGCGCGAGAGCGGCAGCCACGACAUCUCGAAACUGUAG